AUGGAGAAGAAGAAGAAGGAGAAGAAGGAGAAGAAGAAGAAGAAGAAGAAGAAGAAGAGGAAAGGAAAGAAAGAGAAGAAAAGAAAGGAGAAAAACAAAUUAGCCACCCUCGAUACUUCAGCCCUUACCAAAACAGAAGGUGUCGAUCUAGCACCUAGACGCCAAUCCCCAAACAUCCAAACAUCAAAACGUUCUCCAAAGUUUUAA